CUUCAUAGCAGCAAGUCAAUUGCCUACCAUAUCCCUAAUCCUAUCCAACACUAACAACCCUUUUAAUAUCGCGACUAAUGGCUUUUAAUUUUUGCUGUUCUUGGAAUCCUAGUUUAUUUUUGCUGCUGAUAAUUGUUGCCUUCUUCAAUUCUUCACAAUCUAUCUUGGCUGGCAACUUCGAUCAAGAUUUUGCGGUCACCUGGGGAGAUGGCCGUGCCAAAACACUCAACAAUGGGAAGCUUCUCACCCUUUCCCUUGACAAAGCCUCCGGAUCAGGCGUACAAUCCAAGAAUGAGUACCUGUUCGGAAGAAUCGAUAUGCAGCUCAAACUCGUCCCUGGCAACUCUGCUGGCACCGUCACAACAUAUUACUUAUCUUCACCAGGUUCAACCCGCGAUGAGAUAGACUUCGAAUUCUUGGGAAAUCUUAGUGGCGAUCCUUAUAUUGUUCACACUAAUGUCUAUGCUCAAGGCAAGGGAGAUAAAGAGCAACAAUUCUACGCCUGGUUCGACCCCACUGCUGAUUUUCAUACCUAUUCCAUUGUAUGGAAUCCCCGUUCAAUCCUUUUUUAUGUUGAUGGCACACCAAUUAGAGUGUACAAGAAUUUGGAAGCAAGGGGGAUCCCAUAUCCGAAGAACCAGCCGAUGAAGGUAUACGCUAGUCUAUGGGAUGCAGAAGACUGGGCCACAAGAGGCGGCCUUGUCAAGACUGACUGGUCACAGUCUCCCUUUACUGCUUCCUUGAGAGAUUUCAAGGCCGAUGCUUGUGUAUGGAAAUCUGGGAAAUCUUCUUGUGGAUCAAACUCCACAAAGCCAUGGUUCUCUCAGGAACUUGAUGCCACCAGUCAAGCCAGACUGAAAUGGGUGCAGCAGAAUUACAUGAUAUACAAUUAUUGUACAGAUGCCAAACGUUUUCCUCAGGGCUUCCCUCCAGAAUGCAUCGCCAACAACUCCACAGCCUAAAAAAUUGUGUCUGUUACUUCUCCCAUAGUUAAUAACCCCCGAAUUGAUUCUUUAGUUUUGGUACAUUUAUCGACAUUUAGUCCACUACACUUUUUGUCAAUGUACCGUGGAGUUAAAUAUGAAUUUGUGAAAUAAAACGGAAGUAAUUGAUUACUUUUUAAA